AUGGGCGCUAGUGUUCGGUCGUUCGAUAAUACGCGCAGCGAGACGAUCCAGUUUCACACGCCGCUUACGUUGAUUGUUGGGUAUAAUGGAUCUGGAAAGACGACAAUCAUCGAGUGUCUUAAAUAUGCGACCACCGGCGAUUUACCACCCAACAGCAAGGGUGGUGCGUUCAUCCACGAUCCAAAGCUAUGUGGCGAGAAGGAAGUCCUGGCCCAGGUGAAACUGUCCUUCAAAGGCACGUCAGGCGCGAAGAUGGUCGCUACGAGGAGUCUACAACUCACGGUGAAGAAAACGACACGGCAACAAAAGACACUAGAGGGUCAGUUGUUGAUGGUCAAGGAUGGUGAGCGGACGUCUAUUUCCUCCCGCGUGGCGGAGCUGGAUCAGAUUAUGCCUCAGUAUCUCGGUGUAUCAAAGGCAAUCCUAGACUCCGUUAUAUUCUGUCAUCAGGACGAGAGCUUGUGGCCAAUGAGUGAACCCUCGGUGCUGAAGAAGAAGUUCGAUGAGAUAUUCGAAGCUAUGAAGUAUACGAAGGCGAUCGACAAUAUCAAGUCUUUACGGAAGAAGCAGAAUGAGGAGCUUGCCAAGUACAAAAUCAUGGAGCAACAUGCCAAAGAGGAUAAGGAGAAGGCCGACCGUGCAGAGAAACGAUCGAUAAAGCUUCAGGACGAAAUUGAAGCUCUGCGCGAAGAGACACACCAGCUCUCUCAGGAAAUGCGCCGGGUGGCUGAACUUGCUGAUAAGGCGUGGAAGGAGUCGGAAAGUUACUCUCAGGUCUUGGGUGCGCUUGAAGGAAAGCGCAUCGAGGCCAAGAGUAUCCAGACGACUAUUGAUAAUCUCAAGAGACAUCUAGUUGAGCUAGACGACUCCGAUGAGUGGCUACAGUCGAACUUGGAGCAGUUUGAGUCAAGGCAGCUUCAGUACCAGCAGCAGGAAGAAGCCAAGAAGGAGAACUAUAUGGAGCUCAAGGAGCAGAUAGAACAAACUCGACAAAGACUGGGUGUCAAGCAAGCAGAGUAUGGCAAGUUCGAGAACGACAAAGCCAACUUCGAGCGCCAGGUUGAGCGGCGACAGAGGAUGACGAAAGAGGUCGCUCGAGCGCACAAUAUCCGUGGUUACGAUAAUGUCGAGGACCAGGCUGACGUUGACGAGUUCAUGCGGAGAGUGCGAAAAAUCCUGAAAGAUCAAAACCUGGCACUGGAACGGGUGAAGAAGGAGGCGCAAAGUGAACUACGUGACGUCCAGGCAACCCUUAACCAGAUCGGACAACAGAAGUCUGCGCUACAGGAAAGCAAAAAUGCAGCCAAGCGACAGAUUGCCUCGAAUGAUAGGGAAGCAGCCACAUACCAGGGAAAACUCAACGAGAUCAACGUGGACGAAGGCGUUCAGGCUGCGCUGGAGUCAAACAUUGAAGACAUCGGAUCUCGUUUGGACCAAGCCAAGGAGCGCGCACGAUCCGCAUCUUGGGACAAGGAGAUUCAGAAUGUGAACUCACAGAUCCGCGACCUCGAGGACGAGAGUUCGCGCUUGAAUACCGAGCUCAUCGAGGCAACAAAGAAAGCUGGUGAUUUGGCUCGAUUAGACCACCUUAAGAAGGAAUUAAAGGAACGGGAGCGCGGAUUAGAGACGAUGAAAGGAGCUCACGGUGAACGACUGGCAAAAUUUGUCAAUGCCAACUGGCGCCCUGAAUCUCUAGAGCAGGACUACCAGCACGUCAUCGAGGAGGAAUCCAGACAUGUCUCAAGGGCAGAGCGCGAGCGUGAUGGAGUCAGCAGAGAACUCGAGCAGGUGGAGUUCAAAAUGAAGGGCGUCAAGAAAACACUAAGUCAGCGACAAAAGGAACUCAAGGAGUGCAUCAAAGAGAUCCGCGAUGCCGUUGAUGACGAACCGGAAGAAUACCCUGAGAUUCUGAAAGAGCGUCAAGCCCAGCUCGACCUUGCCAGGAAGGACGCUGAACAAUACGCCGGAGUCAGCAAGUACAUGGCUGACUGUCUUGACACCGUGAAGUCGGCAAACAUGUGCAGACUGUGCAUGCGGACUUUCCGAACCGAAAACGAGCUACAGACCUUCAAGAACAAGUUAGAGGGGUUAGUGAAGAGAGCGAAACGGGUGAUGGAGGAUGACGAAAUACCCCGUCUCGAAGAGGACCUUAAUACCGCCCGCGAGGCCAGCACAGCCUACGAUACCUGGUGUCGGCUGAAGCAGACAGAGAUUCCAGAUCUGGAGAAAGAGGAAGAAGAGUAUACUGCUCAACAAGACAAACUACUGAGCCAAUUGGAAGAGAACGACAAGAUAGUCAGCGAAAAGGCCGACAAAAAGAAAGAGGUCGAGUCAUUGUCAAAGACGGUCAGUACUAUUGUCAGAUACGACAGUGAAAUCAAAUCCAUACGCUCUCAGGUCCAGGACUUGUCUUCGAAACAGCACGAUACGAAUGCGUCUCGUACACUGGAAGAUAUUCAGGAUGAAAUUGCGGGAAUUGGCGAGAAGUCUAGAGCCAUGAAGAAGACUCUGUCGAAACUCACUCAUGAGAAGGAGCAAACAUUGUCUGAGAUGAACAAAUUGGAGCUGCAACUCAGAGACGUCAAGAGCAACCUCGACAACGUGAAAUUCAAGCUCGAGCGAAAGGCAGACCUCCUGGCUCGCAUUGAGGAGUACAAGAACCUCAACAACCAACAACGCGAAGCCAUUGCAAAGGCGGACAAAGAGAUUGAAGAUCUAACCCCUGAACUUCUCAAGGUCCAAGCCAAGUACGAUGACAUCAGCCAGCGUGCUGAAGCGCGUGAAAAGGACAUGCAGCAGGAGAUCUCACAACUCUACGAGAAUGUACACCAACUUGAACUGGCAAACGAGGAGAUCGACGCCUACAACGAGCGAGGCGGCCCUCAUCAACUAGAGCGCAGCAAGCGUGAACUGCAAAGCAUCGAGAACGAGAUCAGCAAUCUCGAGAUCGAGCAAGCCAAUAUCACUAAAGAGAUCAACAAGAUAUCUGCUCAACUCAAGGACAGCGAGAACACCAAGCGCCAAUACGCCGAUAACCUGACAUACCGCCAGGCGACCCGAUCUCUCGACGCAGUCACCGAAGAGAUCGAGCAGCUGGCGGCGCAAAACGCCGAAGUCGACCGAAGCCGCUUUAAAGAAGAAUCUGAGCGCAGAGCACGAGAACACAACGCACUCGCCGCUAAACAAGCCAGCAAAAUGGGCGAGAUGAAAGGAAAAGACGACCAACUGAUGCAGCUCCUCGCAGACUGGAAUACCGACUACAAAGACGCAGCAGGCAAAUACAAGGAAGCGCACAUCAAGGUGGAAACAACCAAAGCCGCAGUGGACGACCUAGCACGCUACGGUGGUGCCCUCGACAAAGCCAUCAUGAAAUACCAUGGGCUCAAAAUGGAAGAGAUUAACGCGAUUAUCAGCGAGCUCUGGCAAAAGACCUACCGAGGCACUGAUGUCGACACGAUCCUCAUCCGCUCCGACAACGAAAACGCCAAGGGCAACCGCUCCUACAACUACCGCGUCUGCAUGGUCAAACAAGGCGCAGAAAUGGACAUGCGCGGCCGCUGCAGUGCCGGUCAAAAGGUGUUGGCAAGUAUCAUCAUCCGACUCGCUCUUGCGGAGUGCUUCGGUGUCAACUGCGGCCUGAUUGCUCUUGAUGAGCCCACGACGAACCUUGACCGUGAUAAUAUUCGCUCCCUUGCGGAGUCGCUUCAUGACAUCAUCAGGACUAGACAGCAACAGGCCAAUUUCCAGCUUAUUGUCAUUACCCAUGACGAGGAAUUCUUGCGGCAUAUGCAAUGCGGUGACUUCAGUGAUUACUAUUAUCGGGUCUCGAGGAAUGAGAAGCAGAAGUCGAUUAUUGAGAGGCAGUCUAUUGCUGAGGUUAUGUGA